UUGAAAACCUCUGAGAUAAACGCCGACCAGUCGGUCAGUCUUCCUGUGUGCCAUGCAGGCUCGUGCGGGCUGAGCGCGGGCACUCGCACAGCACGGCAUGCACACCCGCAGCUAGCGCGCGCCAGACCUAGGCUAUGGCUAUGCUAGAUGAAGGCAACAACAUCAACAAGAGACCGACACCAAGAUUCAAGACACCUCCGCGAAGAAUCCAGGUGAACAAUGAGAGGCAAAGCCAUUUUUAAUGUUCAAAUACCGCUCUGACAGUCGUGCAAGCAUCGAAGGAGCUGAGCUUGUAGAACUUGUCUUCUCAUAACGGGUCUUGCUCUGUUGGACGUCAGACUGAGAGUACGUUUACUAGUGGUUUGGCCAUUCAAGACACGUAGCAAACAGGCGCGAACCUGAACUGAAGCGGUGCAUAAUAUUGUAGGGUUCGUUACUAUCGAGUUAGCUGCUAGGUGACUGACUUCCAGGCGCAAUGGUUUAGCACUACGCCACGCUGCCGUUGCUUGUGGUGCCAAGCGGAGUGAAUGCGAAAGUGCCCCAACCGCGCGUCAUCCGGGUUGCAGUGCGUGGUGAGAGGUUUUGGGCAUUUCGUUCAGGUCUGCCCAGAAGGCUUGCUUCAACCGCGAAUGACCGCUUCAGGCACCCAGUUCAUCUCUCACACGAGCAUGAUGUCAGCGAAGAUUGCGGCAGGGGGCACCACGAGCCGAAGUCGACAGAGCAGCGGUUAUCUUUCAGUUCGUACUGAAUUGUCGUUGGCGUUGAUAACGUUAGCUGUUGUGCUGCUGUCCAGCACCGUCCAGUGUCAAUACACGCCGGGAAAAGAUCUCUCUCACCGAGCGUGUCGAACGUUUGACGACGUUCCUCUGUGCUAUGAGCGCAUUGGCUACAAUCGCACGAGAUGGCCCAACACGCUAGAGGAGAACUUGCCAUUGGUGGUCAACAAGCGACUGGACGACAUGAAACCGCUGGUGCAGACGCACUGCCAUCCGUGGCUGUUUGCAUUCCUUUGCUUCAUACAUGUGCCGCACUGCACGCCAGACAUGGAUCCGUUCAGGCAGCUGCCCAUCUCGCACGUGGUGGGUCCCUGCAGGCAGCUGUGCGAACUGGUCAGAGACGCGUGCCUGCCGUACAUCAGGGCCUUCCAGCGCAAUAUGACCUGGCCUGAUCACCUGUAUGACUGCAGCAAGCUGAUCUCGCACCCGGGCCAGUGUUUCAUGCCGCACAGCCAUAGCAACGAGACGGUCAUACCGACGGGAUGGGACAUCGGACCGCACAUUCAAGUCGAGUUCUCAGACAUUCCGCCAACAGCGUUGCCGACGACUACGUUCACGGCAACGUGCCCUGGCGGCUCCGCGGUGGACAAGUCUUGGUACCGGUUUGGCGGCCAGCGGUACUGCGGGCAGAGCUGUACCCGGGACACCAUGUACACCGAGCGAGAUCGUGACGUGAUCAUGCCGGCCGUCUUUCUCGCGAUCGCAAUCCUCUCCGUCCUAGCGCUGCUGAUAUCGCUGGUGUCCUUCGUGGCCGACCUGAAGAACUUCCUGUCGCCCGAGUGGGGCGUGCUCUUGAUCAAUGUGUGCGGCAUGGUAGCGGGGAUCACCCAGCUCAUUGCCGUGACAACGAAGCUGAUCGGGCACAACCAGUCGUGCGACUCGACGAGCGACGCCGUAUACCAGGGCAUGGGCGGCGAGAGCCGUCUUCCUCCCGUCGCCUGCCUGCUGACGUUCUUCCUGACAUACUUCACGGGCGUCCUGGCCCUGUUCACCUGGUUCAAGCUCUCCGUCUUCUGGCUAGUCACGGUCAUGGCAACGCGCAAGACCAUUCGGAAGAUUGACACGUACCUGACGAUUCCGGCGACGGCCAUCGUGUGGCUGGUUCCCACAGCGCUGACGGUGGCGGUAUUUCUGCUGCAGAAGAUCGACGGCGGCCUGCUGACCGGCGCCUGCUCAGUGGGGUCGUACAACAUCAACGCGCUGCUGAACUUCGUAAUCUGCCCCGUGUCGGCGGUGAGCAUUGCCGUGCUGUUCUGCCUGUUCGUCGGCUGGCGAGUUCUGCUGCUGCAGCGACACUACGCCGCACUGGCGUCGCCGCGCUCCAACGCCACGGCGACCACCGAGUCGUCGACGGCGCCCAUUCUUGGCAGCGCGGCGCAGGCCGCCGGUCUCGGCGACGAGCAGUAUCGCCUGCGCUUCGAGCGCAUCGGCAAGUUCUGCGUGCUCCUGCUGGUGCCGGCCGUCGGCUACCUGACGACGCUGCUCUACGAGUACGUCGAGCAGGACGAGUGGCAGCUGACGGCGGUGGCGUGCGCCGAGGACGGCGACUCGCCCGGCUGCACCGGCGGACGCCACCCGCUGCUGUCCGUCUUCGGCAUCCGCUACUUCAUGGCACUGCUGAUCGCCCUCAUCUGCCUCUGGUACAAAAACCUGUUCUGCAGCUGGCUACCCUGCGUGAAGAAGGCGUGCGCAGUCUCGCAAAGUCAGACGCCAUCUUGCAUCCCGGUUUCCAGCGGCAACAGCACCCCGCCGGUUUGCCAGCAGACGGUUGCUGUCAGCACGCCGCCAGCUGCCGCCGCCCAGCAGACAGUUGUUGUUAGCGCAUCCGUGACAGACGGGACCAGCACCAACAGCAUACGGGCGGAGCUCUGCUACACUACCCAGAGCAUCUCCUCCAGCCGCCGUGGUCGUGACAUCUCCAGUACUGAUGUUUGAAAGAUGCCUGCAUUGGCAAUAUUGGCAGCCGAACUGUUUGAGCUUGAUUUUAGCCCUUGGUAGACAGUGUGGCAGAGAAAUCAGCAGAAUUUGUAACUUUUCCUUGAAAGUUUUGUGCAUGUUUUGUAUAUGGAUAGGGGAAAGGUGCAGAAUCAACCGAACUCUUCACCAUAAUGAUUUGUAAGGUUCUGCCAGAUUCAGUGCUUCUCGAGCCCCCUCUGCUGAUUUUCUCAGCACUCUACGCCAAGGGCUAGCUUGAUUUGAGAACUCGUGAUGUCUGUGAAGUUCUUUCCUGUGGCAGACCUGCUGCCUCCUCUCCAGGUGUAUACACCUGGGCUUGUGCCUUAGGUCGCUGAUAGUUGUUUAAUAACUAUUCACAUGUACGACCGUGCAUUCAUCGGACAACAUCCGAUCAGGUG